CAACAAAAUAAACGGCCAUCCCCUCACCUAAAGUAACGACGAAAUCAACGGCGUUUUCGUUACACAGAAAAACCACCUGGGACAAAAAGGACAAGUCAAAGACACAUAUACCCUUUCUCUCCUUUCACUCUCUUUCUUUUAAAGAAACCGACCCCUUCUCUCUCCUAAUCUAUUCCGAUGCCGUUUCGUCUUAUAAAUAUUAUUAAAACGACACGUACGUUUUUUCUCGGUCUGAAACCAAAAGAAAGUAUCGGAUUUUUCUGGAAAGAACAGAAACGAGAGUCGUUUGCUUACUUUACUCUCUUUCUCUGAAGAAAUAUCGGGCAUGGCUGAGACUGAGAGCCAAGCGCAGCAUACGAAACGACAUGAGGAACAGCAAAACGACGAUUUAGGAGGAGAAGAGGAGGAAGAGGAAGAAGAAGAAGAAGGGGUGAGUCGAGUUAGUGAGUCACAAGAUGGUGCUGAGUUGAGAGACUCGCAAUUGGAAACCCUAACGAAUGACGAUCCUUGUAGUGGGUUACAGGAGAAUCCUACUUCAGAAUCAAAGGAAGGAGCUGAGUUUAAGGAGCAAGUUAAGAUAGCCCAGCGGGAAAUUUCACCUAGUCUGGCUGUCCAGGGUACGGAAGCUCCAACACAAAAUCAGCUUCAGUCAUCAGUUUCUCCAACUUCUUUGCUACAACUGUCACCAACUUCUGUUAAACAAGCUAUAUCAUCUUCUCCCACUCCAACUCUACCCGAAAAAAGCCUUUCAGAUCAGAAGGUCAAUGGUGCAUCCGUGCCCAAGGCUAACCAGCAAAAACCUUCUAAUCUUAAAACGUUAUCUGUUGUUCCCAUUGUGAAGACACCAGUAUCUGAUGGUUACAAUUGGCGGAAAUAUGGUCAGAAGCAAGUGAAGAGUCCUAAAGGUUCUCGAAGCUAUUAUAAAUGCACAUUCUCUGAUUGUUGGGCCAAAAAGAUAGAAUGCUCUGACCACACAGGCCAUUUGAUAGAGAUUGUUAAUAAAGGCAUGCACGGUCAUGAACCACCAAGGAAAAAAAACUUUACAAGGGAAAGUAAGAUUGUAUCAUCUGCUAUGCCUAUUUCUCAGAGACCCACUACAGAACAGCCCAUUAUAAGACCUAAUGAUUCUGAUCCAUCCACAUCUUCUAAAGAAUCUGUACUGGAAACAACUGUAAAUCCUGAAAGAAAACGACAGUGUUCAAGUGGCUCCGAUUGGAAUGGUGAUGUGCAAGUGAAGAAAGACCUUUUGAGUGACCCAGAGCAGAAAAAAAGGAUGAAGAAAGGCAAUGCAGUUUGUUCUGAUUCUGUCCUAAAAAUUGGGAAGAAACCUAAAUUUUUUGUGCACGCAGCUGGUGAUGUAGGAAUCUCAGGUGAUGGAUACAGAUGGCGAAAAUAUGGACAGAAAAUGGUGAAGGGAAAUCCUAAUCCCAGGAACUACUAUAGAUGCACCUUUGCUGGGUGUCCUGUUCGUAAGCAUAUUGAGACAGCUGUAAAUAAUACAAAUGCCGUCAUUAUAACAUAUAGAGGUGUUCAUGACCAUGACAUGCCCGUACCAAAGAAGCGACAUGGCCUACCAAGUGCUCCUCUUGUUGCUGCUGCUGCUUCUGCUUCUAUGAACAACUUACAACUUAAAAAAGCCGAUGGAGUGCAAAACCAAGUUACAUCAACCCAGCGGUCAGUGGGUACAGAAGGUGAAUUGACUUGUGAGGCCCUAGACCUUGGAGGUGAGAAGGCGAUGGAAUCAGCUCGAACGCUUCUGAGUAUCGGAUUUGAAAUCAAGCCAUGCCAAACUUAAUUGGCUUUUGUGUUGUUAACACCAGGCAUGUCUCCAUAUAAAUUAUUGAAGGAUCAGGUUUGAUUUUUAACACUUUUAGUUCUUUGUUAUCGCUCUGGUUUCCGGUUAGGCUGUAUAUUUUCUGUUGUAUUCCCUCUCAAUAUUUUUGGAACAAGGCUAUAGUAGUAGAAACAAUAUAGAUUUGGUCGGCAAUCCCUUUUCCUUGUGAUCUUAGUUGAAAGUUGGAACCAUGUUCCAGAUUGCUCCAUUU